CGAAGGCUUGCUGCGGUGCGAACGGAUUAGGUUGGCACAAUGAAGACGGAUUUCAAGUUUUCCAACCUGCUGGGGACGGUCUAUCGCAAAGGUAAUCUGCUCUUCACACCCGAUGGCAACUCUCUGCUCUCCCCAGUGGGGAGUCAGGUUUCGGUCUUCGACCUAGUUCACAACACUUCCUAUACCCUUCCCUUCGCGCACCGCACCAAUAUCGACCAUCUGGCGCUCUCGCCGAACGGAAAACUUCUUCUGACGAUCGACGAAAAUGGCCGCGCCAUCUUGACAAAUUUCCUGCGUAGAAUUGUGAUUCACCACUUCUCAUUCAAGGGCCGUGUCUCUAGUCUUAAGUUCGCUCCGUCCGGUCGGUUUUUUGCUGUCGGAGUUGGAAGACGGCUACAAUUCUGGAACACGCCAAACACGCCUGGCACCGACAACAACGGAGAGAUUGAGUUCGCGCCUUUUGUUCUUCACCGCGAUCUUGCCGGGCAUUUUGAUGUGAUUCAACAUCUUGAGUGGUCGAGCGACUCCCGCUUCCUGAUCACUGCGUCCAAGGAUUUGACUGCCCGGAUAUGGAGUUUGGACCCAGAAGAAGGUUUCGAGCCCACCACGCUGGCUGGCCAUCGUCAGGGUGUCAAAGCUGCCUACUUCUCUGCCGACCAAGAAUCGAUCUAUACGAUUAGCUCUGAUGGGGCUGUCUUCCGAUGGGAAUAUGUGACAAAGAAGGAUCCGGAGACUAUGGAGGAUAUUGCCGAGGCACAGUGGAGGAUUGUCAAGAAGGACUUCUUCAUGCAAAACGAUGCCAAGGUCAACUGCGCGGCCUUCCAUGCACCCUCGAAUCUUUUAGUUGUCGGGUUCUCCAAUGGCUUGUUCGGACUCUACGAUAUGCCGGAAUUCAACCAAAUCCACCAACUGAGUGUCUCUCAAAGCAAUAUCGACUGCGUAACAAUCAACAAGUCGGGCGAGUGGUUGGCAUUCGGAUCUUCUAAGCACGGUCAACUAUUGGUGUGGGAAUGGCAGUCCGAAUCCUACAUCUUGAAACAACAGGGUCACUUGGACUCUAUGAACACCUUGACAUAUUCACCCGACGGGCAACGAGUGGUAACCGCAGCGGAUGACGGAAAGAUCAAGGUCUGGGAUGUCAAAUCUGGCUUCUGCAUUGUGACCUUCACGGAACACACAAGCGGAGUCACGGCGUGCGAGUUCUCCAAGAAAGGAAAUGUCCUGUUUACAGCCUCAUUGGACGGUUCCAUCAGAGCAUGGGAUCUUAUCCGUUACCGAAACUUUCGGACAUUUACCGCCCCGACUCGGUUGUCUUUCUCCUCCCUUGCUGUCGACCCGAGUGGUGAGGUUGUUUGCGCCGGCUCCUCAGACUCGUUCGACAUCCAUAUCUGGUCCGUGCAAACGGGACAAUUGCUCGAUCAACUUGCAGGCCAUGAGGGCCCUGUUUCGGCCCUUGCAUUCGCAGCUGACGGAAACCACUUGGUGAGCGGUAGCUGGGAUCACACUGUUCGAAUCUGGAGCAUCUUCGGCCGGACGCAGACGAGUGAGCCCUUGCAACUGCAGGCUGAUGUGUUGGAUGUGGCUUUUAGACCAGAUGGCAAGCAGGUUGCUGCAUCGAGCUUGGAUGGUCAGCUGACCUUCUGGUCUGUCAACGAUGCUGUGCAGAUUGGCGGUGUUGAUGGUCGUCGCGACGUCUCAGGAGGACGUAAAACCAGUGACCGUCAGACGGCCGCGAAUGCGGCAGGAACUAAGUCCUUCCGGUGUAUCAAGUACAGCGCAGAUGGCAGUUGUAUCCUGGCUGCUGGAAACAGCAAGUACAUCUGUCUGUAUGAUGUGGGAACAGGUUCGAUGGUGAAAAAGUAUACCGUGUCGGUCAACACCUCCCUUGAAGGUACUCAGGAGAUCCUCAACAGCCGCAAUAUGACGGAGGCUGGCCCUCGCGAACUUAUCGAUGAGACAGGUGAGGCUUCCGAUGUAGAGGAUCGCAUUGAUCGCAAUCUCCCUGGCGCGAAGCGUGGAGACCCUGGAUCCCGCAAAGUCCGACCGGAAGUUCGGGUUACAGGCGUCGAUUUUUCCCCGGCUGGACGUUCCUUCUGUGCAGCCUCAACGGAGGGUCUUCUCAUCUAUAGUCUGGACAACGAUGUGGUGUUCGACCCCUAUGACCUCGACAUCUCGAUCACUCCGUCCAGCAUCAUGGCCACUCUCGAGGCCGCCAAGCAGGCCGCGGCCACCGGCCAAACAGAUGAGGACAACACUUUCCUGAAAGCAUUCAUCAUGGCCUUCCGAUUGAACGAGAAAAAGCUCAUUCGGGCAGUCCAUGAAGCCAUUCCUCCAGCCGAUAUCCCGCAUGUCGUUCGCGCGGUGCCAACCGUUUACCUUCCCCGUCUGCUUCGCUUUGUCGCCCAUGCUGCUGAAGAAACACCUCACUUGGAGUUCAACUUGCUAUGGAUCGAGUCCCUCUUCAGUUCCCAUGGUCGUUACUUCAAGGAGAAUUCGGGCACAUUCGCGCCGGAGCUUCGUGCGGUGCAGCGUGUCAUUGAUGAGAUUCACAACAGCUUGAAGCGGCUGACGGACAAGAAUAUCUAUGACCUCAACUUCUUGCUUGCGAAGCCUGUGCUUGCAGGUAAGAAGCAGCCCGGCCUUGUUCUCGCUGCUCUCAAUGGCGAAGCAGAGGCCACCAAUGGGGAGGACGAAACCAUGGAAGAUCCAGCGGAGGAGGGCGAUGGCGAAUGGAUGGGCCUUGAAUGAUUGCAUGCCACUGUUUUUGUACCUUUAUACUCCUGUCGUUCUUGUUCACCUCCGGCCAUCUGGUUGGCCUCGCAUGUGCUCCUGGCGUUGAUUCUGUGAUAUACCUUGGUAGAGAAAGGGGACAGCAAAAGUUUGGAGUCUCGAUGCUGUGUUUAUAGGAUCUGUAGUACAUAUACAC